AUGACGAUUGGUCUCUUGGCCCUCAUCCACUUAGUGAUGCUGAUGAUUGUGGUGAGCCAGGCUAUGGACAUGUUUGGAUCUCAGGGUUCCUGGGAUGACAUCACAUGUAAAGCUGUCUUCUUCUCCUACCGGGUGCUGCGGGCCCUCUCCCUGUACACGUCCUGCCUGCUCUGUGUCCUCCAGGCCAUCACCCUCAGCCCCAGGAGCUCCUGGUUGGCCAAGUACAAGCAGGCAUUUUCACAACGCAUCCUGUGCUCCCUGCUUGUCCUGUGCUUCUUCUCUAUGUCCAUCAGCAGUCACCUCAUCAUCUCCAUCACGGCCACUCCCAAUGGGACCUCACACGGUCUAAUGUAUGCCAUGAAAUCCUGCUCUGUUUUGCCCAUGAGCUAUUUCCUAAUGCAAACAUUUUCCACAUUGGCAAUCUUGAGAGAAGUCGUUCAAAUAGGGAUCAUGGCCCUCUCAAGUGGAUACAUGGUGAUCCUACUGUUCAGGCACAGGAGGAAGUCCCAGCAGCUACGUGGCACCAGCCUUUCUCCAAGAGCCUCCCCUGAGCAAAGGGCCACCCAGACCAUUCUGGUGCUCAUGAGCUUUUUCAUGGUCAUAUCCUUUCUGGACUGCAUUUUCUCUGCUUCAAGACUCAUGUUCAAAGGUAACCCAAUUAUUUACUGUAUUCAUAUUAUUGUGUCCAACAACUAUGCCACAGUCAGUCCUUGCGUGUUCCUCUGUAAUGAAAAGCGUAUAAUUACCUUCGUGAAAUCCAUUAGGGGGAGAACAAUAGAUGUUAAAUUAUUCAAUGAAAAGCAGUUCUCUAAAUGA